CUCUCACUGUCCUGGCGGCGCCAACCGAAGCGCCUAUCCGCGCCGACAUGCUACGCCGCGCUCUGCUCUGCCUUGCCCUGGCCGUGGCGGCCAGCGUCCGCGCCGACGCCCCCGAAGAAGAGGACCACGUCCUGGUCCUGAAGAAGAGCAACUUCGAGGAGGCGCUGGCGGCCCACAAGUACCUAUUGGUGGAGUUCUAUGCCCCCUGGUGUGGUCACUGCAAAGCGCUGGCCCCUGAAUAUGCCAAAGCAGCUGGGAAACUGAAGGCAGAAGGCUCAGAGAUCAGGUUGGCAAAGGUGGACGCCACGGAGGAGUCGGACCUGGCCCAGCAGUAUGGCGUCCGAGGUUACCCCACCAUCAAGUUCUUCAAGAAUGGGGACACGGCUUCCCCCAGAGAAUACACAGCUGGCAGGGAGGCUGAUGACAUCGUGAACUGGCUGAAGAAGCGCACGGGUCCUGCUGCCACCACGCUGGCUGACAGCGCCGCCGCAGAGUCACUCGUGGAGUCCAGCGAGGUGGCUGUCAUCGGCUUCUUCAAGGACAUGGAGUCUGACUUUGCCAAGCAGUUCUUACUGGCGGCAGAGUCCAUCGAUGACAUACCGUUUGGGAUCACUUCCAACAGUGACGUGUUCUCCAAGUACCAGCUCGACAAGGAUGGGGUUGCCCUCUUCAAGAAGUUUGACGAAGGUCGGAACAACUUUGAGGGGGAGGUCACCAAGGAGAACCUUCUCAGCUUCAUCAGGCACAACCAGCUGCCACUGGUCAUCGAGUUCACAGAGCAGACGGCCCCGAAGAUUUUUGGAGGUGAGAUCAAGACACACAUCCUACUGUUCCUGCCAAAGAGCGUGUCCGACUACGACGGUAAGCUGAGCAGCUUCAAGAAGGCAGCGGAGAGCUUCAAGGGCAAGAUCCUGUUCAUCUUCAUCGACAGCGACCACACCGACAACCAGCGCAUCCUCGAGUUCUUUGGUCUGAAGAAGGAGGAGUGCCCGGCCGUGCGCCUCAUCACGCUGGAGGAGGAAAUGACCAAGUACAAGCCUGAGUCGGCCGAGCUCACAGCAGACAAGAUCAAGGAGUUCUGUGACCAGUUCCUGGAGGGCAAGAUCAAGCCCCACCUGAUGAGCCAGGAGCUGCCUGAGGACUGGGACAAGCAGCCUGUCAAAGUGCUGGUUGGCAAGAACUUCGAGGAGGUCGCCUUUGACGAGAAGAAGAACGUCUUCGUGGAGUUCUAUGCCCCAUGGUGUGGUCAUUGCAAACAGCUGGCACCCAUCUGGGACAAGCUGGGGGAGACAUACAAGGACCACGAGAACAUCGUCAUUGCCAAGAUGGAUGCCACGGCCAACGAAGUGGAGGCAGUGAAAGUGCAUAGCUUCCCCACGCUCAAGUUCUUUCCUGCCAGUGCCGACAAGACGGUCAUUGACUACAAUGGGGAGCGGACACUGGAAGGCUUUAAGAAGUUCUUGGAGAGCGGCGGGCAGGAUGGGGCAGGGGAUGAGGACGACCUGGAGGACCUGGAGGAGGCGGAGGAGCCUGACAUGGAGGACGACGACGACCAGAAAGCUGUGAAGGACGAGCUGUGAGGCUGAAGGC